AUGCCACGCGCUGCUACUCGAUCUCAACGUCCGGCUCCUUCUCAGUCACAGGCGAGCCAGCGGGCGCAACAGGCUCGCGGAGGAAAAGCCAGGCAAAUCGAGGAGGACCCAGAGGAAGAUGAAGACGAUGGAGGGGAUGAGGACGAGGACGGAGCUGGUGGUGGACUAAUGGAUGUCGACGGGGAAGAAAAUGGGGAUACUGACCUUGUGCGCAAAGCCAAUGACCUUGUCAGACUGGCUCUCUUCUGCGAGCACAAACGGAUUCCACUGCGUAGGGACGAUAUUACCAAGAAAGUUCUUGGUCCAAACGCUUCCCGAGCAUUCAACGGUGUCUUCCAUGCUGCUCAGGAAAAACUCCAAAAAGUAUUUGGCAUGGAGCUCGUUGAGAUACCCUCACGCGCCGGGCUGGAGCAAGACAACAACACCAAUGGUAACGAGGAAGAGCUCGCUGAGGCUCGUCGAGCCACGGGUGUCAAGAAGAAAUGUAACCACUCCGACUCCCUCUCUGUCUUCUGCACAUAUACUCACCCUUUCUUCCUCGUAGCGGUAGCACUCGGCUCGAAAACCUACAUGCUUCGCUCAUGUCUGCAUCCCUCCAUCAUCGAGCGAGCAGCACUCACAGACGAACAAAUUCUCGAGCAGGAACUCGCGGACACGCCCUUCGACGACUCGGAUGACGAGGACGAGAACGGAGCUGACGACGACGAGCGGCGUCCACGUUCAUAUGGGAGCCUCAUCUCAUGGAGCACAACGGAUCAGCUGGGCCCAUUAGGCAUUCUCUACGUGAUUCUCGCUCUGAUCCUCGUCAGUGGAAGAGUUAUGACCGAUGUCGACCUCCGUACCCAACUGAAACGCCUCCGCCUGCCUUCAACGGCAGGCCGCUCUCCGGUCCACUUCACCACCUCCUCAACGCAUCGGUCCAUGUCCCUAGACGCAUACCUGACCCAUCUCCAACAGAAAGGUUUCCUCGACCGCCAACAGGUUGGUGACAAUGCAGCAAAGAAGAAAGGCGCAGGGAAACGUAUACGGGCUACUCAAGCAGAGGACGCGGAAGAAGGUCGCACGUGGGAAUGGCGCUGGGGACCGAGAGCUGCGUGUGAGGUGGGUGAAGAAGGCAUCGCAAAGUUCGUGGCAGAGUUUAUGAUUGGGAACGCAGAUGUGGACGAGGACGAGGACGCAGAGGAGGGCAAUGCCGCUGGGGGAGCCAGGAGGAGGGGGGCUGGUGGGGCGGCUGCGGCGAAUGGAAGGGAGGACAAGCUGAAGCGGAUGUUGGCUGGGGUGGAGAAGGCAGCUGGCGGGAAAUUGGCCGGGUGCCGUUGA